AUGUCUUUACACUAAUUAAUAACAAACAACAAUAAAGGUUUGCAAAAAUAGUUAGAGUUUAAAAAUUUUAUUGUGAAAAAUUAGACUUUAUGUAUAAAAAGACCUAAAAAAUUUUAAAAUCGACACACAAGAUAAAUUACAUUUGGUUCAACUAAUGAUAGAGAAAUUCAUUAAUAAAAACUGCCAAGUCUCCCUUAUUAUGAUGUAAGCUAUUAACAAGUUGACAAACAUAAAAGAAUGGUCUCUAUUAAAGCAGAUAGAGAAUCUCUUAUAUAAUUUACUUAAGAAAACACAAUCACUCCUACUAAUAAAUAAGAAGUAUAGAUUAGAUAAAGAAAAGGAAGUCUUAAUUUAAAUGAAAUAAAAGUUAAAAUGCCUAAGAUGAAUUUAUAAAUGCCUUUAAAUUAUUUUGAUUUUGAAAUUUAAUAACCUAUGAGUUUGAAAUAAGUGUAUCAUUUAUUUGACAUAUUAAAGUAAAAAUAUUAUAAAUAUUUAAGAGAAAAACACUAAAUAAAAACUGCAAGAGAAGUAUGAG